AUGUCGGAGACCAAACGGAAAGGCAGUGGUACUGAAGAGCUCCCUGGCGGGACGUUAGCUAUAUGGUCCGGAGUCCCGGAAAGCGAGAACGCCUGCCAGGGAGUGGGAGUGCUAUUGUCGUCCCGGGGUGCUGACUGGAACGACAUUACAGUAAUUACUAGAUUUAGGGGUUUGUUCGCGGGUUGGCGCUACCGGACGGCAGUAACAGAACCACAGUCGGUCUGUCGCAUCCGAAGCUGGAAGCUUCAGGAAGCGGAUACUAGGGACAAAUAUCACACGAGGGUAGCCGAAAAGCUUGACACCAUCGAUGGCAGGAAAGAAUGUGUGGAAAGAACAUGGCAGAACCUUAGGGAUGGAAUGGUAAGUGCAGCGGAAGAAGUAUGUGGUACGACAAAAAGAGGUAGUAGUAAAAGAAGAGAUGCAUGGUGGAAUGAUGAAGUGAGAGAAGCUGUAAAAAAAGAAGAAAGAAGCAUGGUUAGACUACUUGGCCUCUAG